UCUUCCCGGUUGUUGUGCUAUCCACCUGGGCUCCGGGCUCUUCCAUUGACCGGAGAUACGUGUGCCAAAAAAAAAAAAAAAAGAUACUAAUAGAGAUACCUGUAUUUGUAAACGAAGAGCCAAACGGUUUGUCGUUUUGUGUGUGUUUAGAAGACGUGGCCGGUUGAAUCAGCCGCUGACUGCUGCCAGAGAUGGAGACGUAUGGCAAUUCGCACAAAAAGCAGAAGCUGAGCAACGCCGCUGAGAGCUGGGGAAUGCAACGUGCAACUAAUGUCACCUAUCAAGCUCAUCAUGUCAGCCGAAACAAGCGUGGACAGGUUGUGGGCACAAGAGGAGGGUUCAGAGGAUGCACUGUUUGGUUGACUGGUUUGUCCGGUGCAGGGAAAACCACAGUGAGCAUGGCUCUGGAGGAGUACCUGGUGUGCCAUGGUAUCCCUUGCUACACCCUCGACGGCGAUAAUAUCCGUCAAGGGCUGAACAAGAACCUUGGUUUCAGCCCAGAGGAUCGGGAGGAGAACAUUAGACGCAUUGCUGAGGUGGCCCGUCUUUUUGCUGAUGCUGGGCUGGUUUGCAUCGCCAGCUUCAUCUCUCCUUAUAGCAGGGACCGCCUCAAUGCUAGGAAGAUCCAUGAGGCGGCAGGGCUGCCUUUCUUUGAGGUGUUUGUGGACGCUCCACUGGAUGUGUGUGAGCAGAGGGAUGUUAAGGGACUGUACAAGAGAGCUCGAGCAGGGGAAAUAAGAGGUUUCACUGGAAUUGACUCAGAGUACGAGAAGCCGGAGGCUCCGGAGCUGGUGCUGAAGACUGACUCCUGCAGUGUGAAUGAAUGCAUACAACAGCUUAUUGACCUGCUUCAGGAGAGGGAUAUAGUUCCUGUUGAUGCAUCCUAUGAAGUGAAAGAGCUGUACGUUCAGGAGAACAAACUGGACCUGGCUAAGGCCGAUGCUGAGACUCUACCUGCUGUACAGAUUGGCAAGGUGGACAUGCAGUGGGUGCAGGUGCUGGCUGAAGGCUGGGCCACUCCUCUGAACGGUUUUAUGAGGGAGAGAGAGUACUUACAGUGUCUUCAUUUUGACUGUCUGCUGGAUGGUGGUGUAAUCAACCUGUCAGUGCCUGUGGUGCUGCCGGUGUCUACUGCAGAUAAGGAGCGUUUAGACGGCGUGACAGCCAUGGCUCUGGUCUAUGAGGGCAGACGAGUCGCCAUCCUUCGCAACCCUGAGUUUUAUGAGCACCGCAAAGAAGAGCGCUGUGCUCGCCAGUGGGGCACCACUUGCAAGGACCACCCCUACAUCAAGAUGGUGAUGGAAAGUGGGGACUGGCUGGUCGGCGGAGACCUGCAGGUUCUGGACAGGAUCUACUGGAACGACGGGCUCGACCAGUACCGCCUGACACCCACUGAGCUCAAACAGAAGUUUAAAGAGAUGAAUGCAGAUGCUGUAUUUGCCUUCCAGCUCCGCAACCCGGUCCACAAUGGCCACGCUCUCCUCAUGCAGGACACCCACAAGCGUCUCAUCGAGAGAGGCUACCGCCGGCCAGUGCUUCUGCUCCACCCACUGGGAGGGUGGACCAAGGACGAUGAUGUGCCGCUGCCUUGGCGAAUGAAGCAGCAUGCUGCUGUCCUGGAGGAGGGCGUCCUGAAUCCAGACUCUACCAUCGUGGCUAUCUUUCCUUCACCCAUGAUGUAUGCGGGGCCCACUGAGGUUCAGUGGCACUGCAGGGCUCGAAUGGUGGCUGGUGCCAACUUCUACAUUGUGGGCCGUGACCCCGCCGGCAUGCCCCACCCUGAUACAGGAAAGGACCUGUAUGAACCCACUCAUGGGGCCAAGGUCCUCACCAUGGCUCCUGGCCUCAUCACCCUGGAGAUUGUACCCUUUAAAGUUGCUGCUUACAACAAGGUCAAAAGAGCAAUGGAUUUUUAUGACCCCAAAAACCAUCAAGACUAUGAUUUCAUCUCAGGUACACGCAUGCGUAAGAUGGCUCGCGAGGGAGAGAAUCCUCCUGACGGUUUCAUGGCACCAAAGGCCUGGGCUGUGCUGAAAGAAUACUAUAAGUCACUGGAGAAGGCCUAAAGGUCCAGUCUCAGAUGGAAAAAAAAAACACAAAAAACAUGGGAACACAGUGGUUUCAACCGAGGUUUAAAAUGAUGAAUGUGGGGACCACUCAUCUUCUAUCAAAAACCAUGCUCCGGCUUCUGUCUGUGUCACUUUUACGCUCGACUGUCACUCACGAAACUGGUCUCAGUUGUUUUUAGUCUUACCACAUUUGUGUUUUAACCUGCGUGUGCUUUAUUUAACUAAUCUUAACUCUGUCUGUGAAACAGUAGAAGAAGUCAAGUUAAUGUUUCAAGCGAACAAACAAAAAAAAAGUGUUCAUAGUAGAUGUUUAUGUUUCUCACUAACUUUACAACUGUAUAUUCUGACUGGUUCCAAAAAUAUUGUGUAAAAAUUUAAAGAUCAAGACUUGUAAUGACCUGUGUGGAAAGUACUGUUGACCAGUACUUCAGUAGUUUGGGAAUGAAUGUUCAGUAUUCGUGUUGUCCAAAUUAAAAAAGGCUCCUGCACCUGCUAUAUAGCUCAUGCAGCUCACCACUGAACGCCAAACAAGUUGCUUUGUAUUGUAUCUUUGCAAGUGGCAGUGGCAAUUGCUCCGAAUUUGGUGUACACAAGUAUUUGAUGUAGAAGUCGAGUGCCUUGGUCUUCAGAAAGUGAAUUCACAUGAUGUCUUGUUUGAAUUAGGUCACACAGACACACGCACACCUGCUUCUUGUCCCAGUUGUUGUUAGACUGAAAUGGUCCAGUAGCUCAAGAAAUGGUCUGCAAAACAGAUCAGCAUUAAAGAUGUUUUUAUUGGGAUAUGCAACCCUAACCUUCCUAAACCAUUAGGAUAACUUUUAACUUUUUUUGUCUUAUAUAGUCUAUUUAUUCUCUCCUAACAUUGCAGUGUUUUCUCUUUUUAACUGUGUUGUGCAUGUAAUUCUGGUGCUCUAAGCUUUUCCCUCAACAGUCUUGAUAUUUUGUUACAUUUUCAUCUUUUGUGUUUUUUUUUCUUUCCUCAUGGGUUGCUAAUAUUUUCCAUGUGGUAAUUCAUUUUUAAGAGUUGGCCUGUAAAAGCAGGUGGUUGGUGGUUGCCAUCAACGGAUCAGAUUUGUAAUCUUACUUACUCAAUAAACCAUUUUUA